AUGGUCAUUGGUCCUGCUCCUCUUGCUCCUCUUGCUGCUUCUGCUCCUCUUACUCCUCUUACUCUUCCUGCUUCUCUUGCUCAUACUAAUCCUCCUGCUCCUCUUGUUCCUCCUGCUCCUCAUGCUGCUCCGGCUCCUCUUGCUGCUCCUGCUCCUCUUACUCCUCUUGCUGUUCCUGCUCCUCUUGCUGCUCCUGCUCCUCUUGAUCCUCUUGCUCCUCCUGCUCCUCAUACCGCUCCGGCUCCUCUUGCUGCUCCUGCUCCUCUUACUCCUCUUUCUCCUCCUGCUCCUCCUGCUCCUCUUGCUCCUCUUGCAACUCCUGCUCCUCUUGCUGCUCCUGCUCCUCUUGCUCCUCCUGUUCCUCCUGCUCUUCCAGCUCCUCUUACUUCUCCUCCUCCUCCUCCUCCUCUUCCUCCUCCUUCUCCUCCCCCUCCUCCUCUUCCUCUACAUCCUCUUCCCCCUUCGGCAUCUCAACUUUAUGACCAAUAUUUCAGAAGUUGCUCUCCAUGGCCUGGCGUCCUUCUGUUGUAUCAUGUCUCUCAACUUCUCUGUCCUUGUAGGGCGACUGGGUUAUUUCGCAUGAUUUUUUUAGGGGGAAAUUCCACAACGACGUGGUUCAGUUUCCUACAAUCACAAUACAGUGCUUCUUAG